AUGGCAAUAGUUCGACUUGAAUUUGGUUCAUUGGAACAUUGUUUAUUUGAUUGGUAUGUUACGAAUGAUUUGAAAGAGGAAGAUGAAAAUCAAGAAGGAGACAACAAAAUAUCUUGGACUCAUAUACAUCAUGGACCAGUGUGCAUAUUUUCUGACGAACAUGUAAAUAAAUAUGUUAAAGUUACAUGUUUACCAAGAAAUUCAAAUUUACGAUUCGGUUUAUUUGCUGAGUGUAUUUCAAAGAAUCGAAUAAUACCGUGUCCAAAAGAUUUACCAAUGACAAGUAGACACGAAAUGACAAAAGAAUAUGUGCCAGAUAAUCAGAAAUUUCCCCGGCAUGAAACAAAAGUAAAAACAAAACAAUGUGAUUUUAUUGUUGUUAAACCUAUUGUUUCUGUUUAA